UGGGGGCCAGCGACUCCUCCUGUGGCUCUGGUUGAACCUAUCACUUUUCCCUGCCCUGUGGACUUUUCGGUCAGACAUCCAGGGCCAGGAGCAGAGGCCUGCGGCUCCGAGAGAGGGGGUACACCGUCCAGGGGCACAGGAUUACACACCGACCAGGAACCAGGGAUUUUUUUAAAACCAGAGUAUCUCUGAGCGCGGCCUUGUGGUGUCUUGUUUGUGGAAUACUCGGGUGCGAAGGCGACACAUUCGCCCAGGGACAGGACUAGAGAGUCGUCGCCCUCACUCGGCUCCAAGAUGGCGUCAAACGGCGAGGUGGCCAAGCCGGUGAUCAUGAACGAGGAGGAGCUGAAGAGGAAACAGCGGGAGAAGCUGAAGAAGCUGCAGGCCACGGGGGGCAACCCUCGGCCCGCCAGGACCCUCUUCCUCUUCGGCUUGAAGAACCCUUUCCGCAAGGCCUGCACCAAGAUCGUGGAGUGGAAAACCUUUGAAUAUAUCAUCCUGGUUACCAUCUUCGCUAACUGUAUUGCGCUGGCUGUGUUCCUGCCCAUGCCUGAGGAGGACAGCAAUUUUACCAACGAAAGUCUUGAGAGCCUGGAGAUCAUUUUCAUGGUGAUCUUUACGUUAGAAUGUUUCCUAAAGAUAGUGGCGUAUGGGUUGAUACUACACGAAGGAGCCUAUUUACGAAAUUGUUGGAACAUACUGGACUUCGUAAUAGUCUUCAUGGGCCUCUUCACCUUUGCCAUCGACACCAUCAACUUGGUGAUGGGCGUGCGCCCGGAGAAGGGCGGGGGCUUUGACAUGAAGGCGCUGAGGGCCUUCCGAGUGCUCAGACCACUGCGUCUGGUCUCCGGGGUCCCCAGCCUUCAGGUCGUAAUGAACUCCAUCCUCAAAGCCAUGCUGCCCCUGCUGCACAUCGCGCUGCUCGUCUUUCUGCUGGUCACCAUCUACGCCAUCGUGGGGCUGGAGCUCUUCAAGUGCAAGAUGCACAAGACCUGCUACUACACGGGCACAAAUAUCUUCGCUACGGCGGAGGGCGAGCCGCCCGCGCCCUGCGCUCAGGCCGGUAACGGCCGCCGCUGCACGAUCAACGGGUCGGAGUGCCGGCCGGACUGGGUGGGGCCCAACAACGGCAUCACCCACUUUGACAACAUCGGCUUCGCCAUGCUCACCGUCUACCAGUCGAUCACUAUGGAGGGCUGGACCCAAGUCCUCUACUGGGUGAACGACGCCAUAGGGAACGAAUGGCCCUGGUUGUACUUCAUCCCCCUAAUCCUGGUGGGCUCCUUCUUUGUGCUCAACCUCGUCCUGGGCGUGCUCAGUGGGGAGUUUACUAAGGAGCGAGAGAAGGCCAAGUCUCGUGGAGAGUUCCAGGAGGCAAGAGAGCGCGCGCAGCUGGACGAGGAUCUCCAUGGUUACAUGGAGUGGAUCACUCAGGCAGAGGUUUUGGAUAUGGACAGAGAGGGACAAGGCCUGCUGCCUUUGACCGGGGACUCUGACGCAGACAGCCUCUACGACAUGGAAGGCAAGAGUAAAAUCGUUUACUACUACCGGCUAGCUCGGAGGUGGAAUCGUUUCAUGAGGAUGAAGUGUCUGAUUUACAUAAAGACCAGGGAAUUCUACUGGGCGGUGAUGAUCAUGGUGUCUGUGAACACCCUGGCCAUCGCCACGGAGCACCACCACCAGCCUUACUCUCUGACCAUCUUACAAGACAUUAUUAGCAGGCUGCUGCUGUUGAUGUUUGCGCUGGAGAUGAUGGUCAAGAUGUACGCUCUGGGCCCCAGGAUGUACUUCAUGUCGGUGUUCAACCGCUUUGACUUCUUCGUGGUGGUGUGUGGCAUCGUGGAGAUCAUCCUGCUGUGGGUGCAGUGCAUCACGCCGCUGGGCCUGUCGGUCCUCAGGUGCAUCCGGCUGCUGAGGUUCCUCAAGGUCACCAAGUACUGGAAGUCUCUCAGAAACCUGGUGGCCUCCCUCCUGAACUCUGUGCGCUCCAUUGCCUGCCUGCUCCUCCUGCUCUUCCUCUUCAUCGUCAUCUUCUCCCUGCUGGGCAUGCAGGUGUUCGGAGGGAAGUUCAACUUCCCAGACAACACGCCCAGGCGCAGCAACUUUGACAACUUCCCUCAGGCCCUUAUCAGUGUGUUCCAGGUGCUAACAGGAGAAGACUGGGACAGCAUAAUGAACAACGGCAUCAUGUCCUAUGGAGGCCCUGCUUUCCCAGGCAUCCUGGUCAGCAUCUACUUCGUCAUUCUCUACGUCUGUGGAAACUACAUCCUCCUGAACGUUUUCCUGGCCAUCGCCGUGGACAACCUGGCUGAGGCCGAGAGUCUGACCUCGGCUCAGAAGGACAAAGCGGACGAGAAGAUCCGGAAGAAGCUCCAAAGGUCCAAGAAGCCAGACAAGGCUGAAGAGGAACGGGAAAGGAUGGCUAAGAAGCUGGCAGAGCAAAGAGCCAAGAUUGAGGGCAUGCCAACCACGGCCAAGCUAAAAAUCGAUGAGUUUGAGUCCCAUGUCAAUGAAGUGAAAGAUCCGUUUCCACCUGCAGAUUUCCCAGGCGACGAUGAGGAGGAGGAGCCUGCGAUUCCCAUCAGCCCAAGGCCUCGACCAAUGGCGGACCUGCAACUUAAGGAGGAGGCGGUACCAUUACCCCAAGCCAGCUCCUUCUAUAUCUUUGGACCUCAAAACAAGAUCCGCAAGCUGUGCUACAAGAUCAUCAAUGCGUCUGCGUUCACCAACCUGAUCCUCCUCUUCAUCCUCCUGUCCUCCAUCUCGCUGGCGGCUGAGGACCCCAUCGAUCCCAAGUCCUACAGGAACAAGAUCCUGGCGUAUGCAGACAUCGUCUUCACCUCUGUGUUCACCAUUGAGAUUGUGCUCAAGAUGACGGUGUACGGUGCGUUCAUGCACGAGGGCUCUUUCUGCCGCAACUCCUUCAACAUCCUUGAUCUGAUCGUGGUGACGGUGUCCCUGCUCUCCAUGGGGAUGGAGUCCAGCGCCAUCUCGGUGGUGAAGAUCCUCAGGGUGUUGAGGGUGCUCAGGCCUCUAAGGGCCAUCAACAGGGCAAAGGGCCUGAAGCAUGUGGUCCAGUGCGUGUUUGUGGCCAUCAGUACCAUCGGCAACAUCGUCUUGGUUACCAUGCUGCUUAAUUUCAUGUUUUCCUGCAUUGGAGUCCAACUUUUCAAGGGGAAGUUCUACAGUUGCACAGACCCCACCAAAAUGACAGAGGAAGAAUGCAAAGGUCAAUUCAUAAAGCAUAUGGAGAACUCCCUGCAAGACACCGUGCUGGCCGACAGAGAGUGGCAGAACAGCGACUUUAACUUUGACAACGUGCUCAACGGCAUGCUGGCUCUCUUCACUGUUUCCACCUUUGAGGGCUGGCCACAGCUGUUGUACAGAGCCAUCGACGCAGACAAAGAGGACUUUGGACCCGUCUUCAAUAACCGUGUGGACAUCUCCAUCUUCUUCAUUGUCUACAUCAUCCUCAUCGCCUUCUUCAUGAUGAACAUCUUCGUCGGAUUCGUCAUUGUCACUUUCCAGGAACAGGGCGAACAGGAGUACAAGGACUGUGAGCUGGACAAGAACCAGCGUCAGUGCGUCCAGUAUGCGCUGAAGGCCCGCCCCCUACGCUGCUACAUCCCAAAGAACCCCUACCAGUACCGGGUGUGGUACAUUGUCACUUCCUGCUACUUUGAGUACCUGAUGUUCUUCCUCAUCAUGCUCAACACCCUGUGUCUUGGGAUGCAGCACUGCAACCAAUCGGAUCACAUCACCAAGCUGUCCUCCACCCUUAACCUCAUCUUCACCGUGCUCUUCACCGUGGAGAUGAUCCUCAAACUCCUGGCCUUCAAAGCCAAGGGAUACUUUGGAGACCCCUGGAACGUGUUUGACUUCCUCAUCGUCGUAGGCAGCGUUGUGGACGUGAUCCUCAGUGAGGUGGAUGCUGCCCUGGCCUCCAGUGGAGGGCUGUACUGUCUCCACGGCUGUGCUGAGACAAAUCCAAUGCAGGCUAUAGCGGACUCUGAGAACGCAAGGGUGUCCAUCACGUUCUUCCGACUGUUCCGUGUCAUGCGUCUGGUCAAACUGUUGAACCGCUCGGAGGGCAUCCGUAACCUACUGUGGACCUUCAUCAAGUCCUUCCAGGCGUUUCCACAUGUAGCCCUGCUCAUCAUCAUGCUGUUCUUCAUCUACGCUGUCAUCGGGAUGCAGAUCUUUGGAAAGAUAGCUUUAGAGGACGGCACGCAAAUCGACCGCAACAACAACUUCCAGGCCUUCCCCCAGGCCGUCCUCAUGCUGUUCCGGUGUGCUACGGGCGAGGCGUGGCAGGAGAUCAUGCUGGCCUGCAUGUAUGGGAAGAGGUGCGACCCCAAGUCGGACUUCCUGCCCGGGGACGAGUUCACCUGCGGGGCCAACUUCGCUGUCAUAUACUUCCUCACCUUCUACUGUCUGUGUGCUUUCCUGAUUCUUAACUUGUUUGUCGCCGUCAUCAUGGACAACUUUGACUACCUGACACGUGAUUGGUCGCUCCUGGGUCCGCAUCAUCUGGACGAGUUUAAGAAGAUCUGGGCUGAAUAUGACCCUGAAGCCACGGGGCGAAUCAAACAUCUGGACGUGGUUACGCUGCUGAGACGCAUACAACCGCCGCUCGGCUUCGGCAAGUUCUGUCCCCAUCGCGCUGCGUGCAAGCGCUUAAUCAGCAUGAACAUGCCCCUGAACAGUGACGGAACGGUCACCUUCAACGCCACCCUGUUCGCUCUGGUCAGAACCGCCCUCAAGAUCAAAACAGAAGGCAACUUCGAGCAGGCCAACGAGGAGCUGAGGGCCAUCAUCAAGUCCAUCUGGAAACGCACCAGCAUGAAACUCCUGGACCAGGUCAUUCCACCAAUAGGAGACGACGAGGUUACGGUGGGAAAGUUCUACUCCACCUUCUUGAUCCAGGAAUACUUCCGGAAGUUCAUGCAGCGACAGGAGGAGUACUACGGCUACCGGCCCAGUAAGAAGUCUGCUUCGGGGCCAGAGAUCCAGGCCGGUCUGAGGUGCAUCGACGAGGAGGCAGCGACGGAGCUGCACCGGGCCAUCUCAGGUGACCUCCAGAACGAGGAGGAGAUGGACGUCGCCAUGGCGUUGGCUGGAGAAGAGGGCAUCUAUAGGCGAACCCACGGCCUGUUCGGGACCCAGAUGGACUCCUUCUCGUCGGAGCAGGCCGCCCCCCCGGCCGUCGCCCAGCAGACCAGCCAGCGGCCCCUCCAGUUCUCUGAGAGCCAGCCGGAGUCUCCCCCGGACUCCUCGGGCUUCCAGCCUGCCCCCACGUUCUUCUUCAGCGACAACAGCAAUAACAAUGCUAUGGCUGGGUUUCCCUCUGGAGGCAGUCAGCAGGACUUGUAUGACGAUGAAGAGCUUGACUGUGCAGAGAACCUGCCCGCGACAGACCAGUUCAUACAGGAGGCCCUCAUGGGGAGUGGUCUGGACUCGCUGGCCGCAGACCCGGACAUCGUCUCGGUGACCAGGAGGGAGAUGGCGGAGGCCAUGCAGGCGACCUCGUGCGACAUAGAGGGCGUGGCCCGGCUCCUCCUCACCAAACGCUCCACCCAGAACAGGAAGCGACGCCCCGUCCCCGCCCCCCACCCCGCCCCCCACUUCCUGGUGCAGUCAGUGUCCCCUGAGGCGGAGCACGAAGCCAGCCAACCAGAGGCCCCGGCCAGGAGGAAGAAACACCCCGUGCAGCCCCGCCGGGAUGAGGCGGACUCCCAAGUUUAACAUGGAUUUGACUUGAAUUCACAAGGUUUUGACCGGGACAUUUACACUCGCCAAGGCCAGUGCAGGUGGCUCCAUCUCACGCUACCGUAUCUCACUAAGAUUGUUGUCUGUGUGACACCUGACACCCACUUUGCAAUCUGAAGAACUAAAAUGGCCGGCUGGCUCAAGUUAAGAUGUGGCCAGCAGUGUUUGAAGCUAAAACAGAACAGCAGGAUUAAUCCAAUGAUCUGAAUAUACUUUGCAUCUCUUUGGAGAUUCAGAUUUAUUGCAACUAAAUAAACAUCAAACUUACCUCAGAACACAAAGGGUCCCAUGAACCUCUUUUUGUUUGUAUGGUGGUGGGUAUCCACUCUGUAAUUCGUGUCAUUUGAAGCGCGAUUAGCGUCUUGCUACAGCGAGGGUGUCCUCCGGAGCGUGGGUGACCUGAAUAACUCGAGGUCACCACUAGAGGUCAGCAGACUGCUAUAGUUCAGGAAGGAACGUCAGUAACAUUAUCCCAGAUGGACUCUGAAAGGUUAGUCUUUCUGAAGUUAAACUUCAGCAACUAAAGAGCAAUAGAAAUGUGUAUUCAGAAAUGGCCUGAUAAUACACGUUAAUGAAGUUCACCAAUUCAGACUUGGAAACUCUCUUUUUGAGGUGAAUUAUUUCUCGCUUAACACUGAUUCAGUCAGUGCUAGCGUGUUUUACCAUAUUUUUGUUACUUCAUGGUAGGCCUAUGUCGCAAUGGUCCUUAAGCAAUUUUAAAAGUUCUCAAUCUAACAGUUUAUUUCAGGUGCAUUGCGUUAUGUUGAGCAUAUUGGAGUUACUUUCCAUGUCUGUUCUAAUAACCUAAUAACUUGUUAGAUUCAAUAAUUUCUGAACCACACAAAAAGGCCUAAGCCUUCAGCAUACCUGGAGUAUGCUGAAUUUAUCAUGGACGGCCACUUCAAACUCAAUGUUUUUAUGUAGAACCGCAUGAUAAUAUUUUUUGGAAAUAUUGCACUUUAAUGUCCUUUGUCAAUUCUUUUUGAUUGUGCUUUAACGAGUCUAUUCACAGGUCUUAACAAAGAUUUUUUUUUAAUGUUAUUUAUCCUCUUCUACGCCUGUGCUUUUGACAUCUGUACCAUUUUUGGGGCCCUCGAAAAUAUGUUAGCACAAUCCAGAGUUUAAAUCUACAGCUUCACUUAAGUCUGUUCCAUUUUAUGUUGAAUACAUGUUUUUACCACUGGCGGAAUAAAUAAAAGAACCAAAACAGA